AUGCGAUUUACCACUACAUCGAUCCUGCUAGCGGCCAGCAGUCUCCUUGGAAGCGCAGUUGCACACAACAUCCAGCUUGCAGCACAUGGCAGAGAAUGUUUCCACGAGAGCUUGCACAAGGACGACAAGAUGACAGUCACCUUCCAGGUGGGAGACAGAGAAUUUGGCAGCGCUGGAAACUUGGAUGUAGACUUCUGGAUACAAAAUCCAGCGGGUGGUUAUGAGACUCAUCAACGAUCCGUUUCCAACGGAGACCAUUCAUUUACGGCGAACCAUGAUGGCAAAUACAUUUACUGCUUCAGCAACGAGCAUUGGUCGGCAUCAAGCAAGGACGUCUCAUUUAACGUGCACGGAAUUGUGUAUGUGCCCGAAGCGGAGGCACCAUCUGAUCCUCUAGAGGCGGAAGUUCGACAAUUGUCAGAACUCCUAUCCCAGGUAAAGGACGAACAAUCAUACAUUGUGGUCCGCGAGCGCACGCACCGGAAUACAGCAGAAAGUACGAAUGGCAGGGUAAAGUGGUGGAGCAUCUUCCAGAUGGGCGUACUUAUUGGUGAAGGCAUCUUUCAAGUUUGGUGGCUCAAGAGAUUUUUCGAGGUAGGCAAGAACAGCUCAGAGCGAUUCGGUUUUCUCAGUCGAUAG